AACAUCCUGCCUAUAUAUAGCCGGCGUCUCCCAGUGAACGAGCACACACACAUCCAGCGCGCUCGGCAUCCAUCGAUCGAUCGGUCCCUCCUGUCUUAGCCAGCCACCGAUAAGAUCGUUGGUCGAUUCGGCGCCUAGCUUCCCCUAACCUCCCCAGGGAUCGAUCGAAGAUGCCGAAGAUAGCGCUCGGCCACCGCCGCGAGGCGUCGGACCCCGGCUGCGUCCGGGCCGUGCUCGGCGAGCUCGUCCUCACCUUCCUCUUCGUCUUCGUCGGCGUCGGCUCCGCCAUCGUCGGAGGACAAGCAGUCGCAGCCGGAGGCGACCCGUCGGCGGCGUUGAUCGCGGUGGCACUGGGACAUGCGCUGGUGGUGGCGGUGUUCGCGACCGCCGGGUUCCACAUCUCCGGCGCCCACAUGAACCCGGCCGUCACGCUGAGCCUCGCCGUCGGCGGCCACAUCACCCUCUUCCGCGCCGCCUUCUUCGUGCUCGCCCAGAUGCUCGGCUCCUCCCUCGCCUGCAUCCUGCUCAGGGCCCUCACCGGCGGACUGGUCACUCCGGUGCACGCGCUGGCGGCGGGCGUGGGCCCGAUCCAGGGCCUGGUGGCGGAGGUCGUCUUCACCUUCACGCUGCUCUUCACCAUCUACGCGGCCAUCCUCGACCCCAAGAGCGCCGCGCCAGGGUUCGGCCCGCUGCUCACCGGCCUCCUCGUCGGCGCCAACACCAUCGCCGGCGGCGCGCUCACCGGCGCGUCCAUGAACCCCGCGAGGUCCUUCGGACCGGCGCUGGCCACAGGAAACUGGGCGAACCACUGGGUCUACUGGGUCGGCCCGCUCGCCGGCGGCCCCCUCGCCGUGGCCGUCUACGAGUUCGUCUUCGCCGUCCCGGUGACGCACCAGCAGCUCCCCGUGGUGGAGUGAACGUGAAAGGAGCUCGUCGUCGUGGGGAAGCUCUCGGUAAGUUGUGGGCCGUUGGAUGAUCGACCGCCCCGACAAAAGAUGUUUUCUACGGUAUAUGAUACAUCGAGUGUUCAAGUGUGUUUUGUCCCGCAUGUUCGAGGGCUGGCUUGAUUUGUGCCUUGUGCGUGAUGGGUCGUGUGAAGAAUAUGUGUGCACGCAUGUGCGUCUCAAUGUCUCGUGUUGAGGACGUUGAGGGUCUCGUUCGGCCAAUGAGCCGUGUAAGCAGCAAUGUUGUUUCUUUCACCCUAAGUUUGUAAGUGUAUAGGGGCUCCCCGUGCAUGGAAAUACAUGUGGAAUAUACAUAUCUGUUACUAUCUCGUGA